UGCACACGCACGCACAUGUGCACGCACCUGCCCGCGGGGACCCCCCCCCCCUUCCGCUCCCUCGCGCCUGCGCACGUGCGCGGUUGCGGACGUCGCGCUCCCGCUAGCCUGAGCUCACCGCGACCCGGCCCCGGCCCCGACUCCGCCCCGUGUUUGUGCGGCUCGAGCCCCGCUCAGUGGCGCAGAGGGGCCGGGCUUGCAGGAGGCGCAUCCCCGAGGUCGGGCCGCCGGGAGGACGGGCCGGGGCCGGGGCCGGGGCCAUGCUGGGCAAGGACUACAUGUUAGCUAUCAUCUUGGUCAACUGCGACGAUGACUUAUGGAGUGACCAGAGCCUAGAGGGAGAGCCCGGGUUGCCCCCUGGUUGGCGGAAAAUCCGUGAUGCUGCUGGCACCUACUACUGGCAUGUACCUAGUGGCAGUACUCAAUGGCAGCGCCCAGUCUGGGAACCUGGGGAUUCUGUGCCACCUGACUCGGGCACAGGAGGGGCAUGGGGAUUACGACCCCCCAAAGGGAGAUCCUUCUCUAGUUUGGAAAAUUCACUGGACCGAAGGACUUCUCUGCCUUGGUGUGGGGAAGAGGCCUACAUCCGAAGCAUGGAACCAGGCUCCAAGGGUCAGAACAUGUUGAUGAUUCUGAAGAAAGACACGAUGAGUCUGGUGAAUCCCCUGGACCACAGCCUAAUCCAUUGUCAGCCCCUUGUGCAUAUCCGAGUCUGGGGUGUGGGCAGUACCAAUGGCCGAGACAGGGACUUCGCCUUUGUGGCGGGUGACAAGGACACCUGCAUGUUGAAAUGCCACGUGUUUCGCUGUGAUGUCCCAGCCAAGGCCAUUGCCAGUGCCCUGCAUGGGCUAUGUGCCCAGAUCUUGUCAGAGAGAGCAGGGAUGAGUGGUGACCCUCCUCGAUGUUCCUUGGACCCCAUUUCCCCUGAGGAUCUACCCAGGCAAGUGGAGCUACUUGAUGCGGUGAGCCAGGCUGCCCAGCAGUAUGAAGCUCUCUACGUUGGGACCCUGCCAGUCAGCAAGGCCAUGGGGAUGGAUGUGCUGAAUGAAGCCAUUGGGGCCUUGACUUCCCAAGGGGACCAUGAUUCCUGGGCCCCAACUAUACUCAGCGUCUCUGACUCACUCAUGACUGCAUUGCCCAUCCAGGGACAGGCAGAACUGGGUGCGGAAGAAGAGCCGCUGUGGCAAUGUCCAGUACGACAUGUGACCUUCAUUGGGGUUGGCCAUGACCCCCACACCUUUGGACUCAUCGCAGACCUUGGUCACCAACGGUUCCAGUGUGCUGCCUUCUGGUGCCAGCCCCAUGCUGGGGCACUCUCUGAGGCUGUUCAGGCUGCAUGCAUGGUACAGUACCAGAAGUGUCUUGUGGCCUCUGCAGCUCGAGGGAAGGCUCGAGGCACCCAAGCCCGAGCUCGACUUCGCCUGAAGCGAACAAGCUCUAUGGACUCAGCAGGAGGACCCCUGCCUCUCCCACUCCCCCUGCUUAAGGGUGGAGUUGGAGGUGCCGGGGCUGCCCCCCGCAAAAGAGGUGUAUUCUCCUUCUUUGAUUCCUUCCGACUGAAACCCUCUUUAUUGCAUAUGCCCUAAAUUGAGCUGGGGAAGAUUGGGAAAGGGAGGCUUUGGGAGCCCUGCCAGCAAUUUCACACCACUCAUAUUCUGGGGAUCUAACUAGCCACCCUACCACCUCUCUAUUCUCACCUGCCCCCAUGAUCUUUAAAGUCUUCCUUACUUGACUUGUCUUCCUGCCUGCCCCAUCCCUAUGUCCUUUAUUAAUAUAUUAAUGAUUUAUAUAAAAUAUUUAUUAAUCUUCUCUGGGUUGACUGCAGCCUCUACCCCUAUCCCAGACCCAUUUCCUCUCUUCCUUCCUGAUUCCUAUGAUCCCUGCCCCUGUCCAGUUCUGGGCAGUUGGCUCUACCUCAGCAACACUUUUUAGCAAAAUCAGUGCAAAUAAAAUCUCAGAGUGGCCUCA